CUUCACUCUUACCCUUACCCUUAGUUCUCCCACAAUGAAGUUCCUCAGCUGGAUGCAAAAUAAACUUGGUGGGAAACAUGACAACAGAAAACCAAAUACACACACAACUGCUACAUAUCAUGCAAAACAAGAACCUCGAGAGGAAUUCAGUGAUUGGCCUCAUGGUUUACUAGCGAUUGGAACAUUUGGAAAUAACAGUGAAAUCAAAGAAAACUUGGAUGACCAAAAUGCACAAGAGGAUCCAUCCUCGUCAGAGGAAAUAGCAGACUUCACUCCUGAAGAAAUCGGGAAUCUACAGAAGGAAUUAACCAAACUCCUGAGACGAAAACCGAACGUGGAAAAGGAAAUUUCUGAGCUUCCUCUGGACAGAUUUCUUAACUGCCCUUCAAGCUUGGAGGUCGAUAGGAGAAUCAGCAAUGCGCUAUGCAGUGAAUCAGAUGACAAAGAAGAGGAUAUUGAGAAGACAUUGAGCGUGAUAAUCGACAAAUGCAAAGACAUAUGUGCAGAUAACAGAAAGAAAACAAUUGGGAAGAAAUCUAUUUCUUUCCUUCUGAAGAAGAUAUUUGUUUGCAGAAGUGGAUUUGCUCCAACGCCUAGCCUUAGAGAUACUCUUCAAGAGUCAAGAAUGGAGAAGCUUUUGAGGACAAUGCUUCACAAGAAAAUUUACAACCAAAAUUCUUCUCGGACAUCAUUGAUGGCAAAGUGCAUAGAGGACAAGAAGAUGACAAGGAAGAGGAGUGAUGAUGAAUCAGAUGAAAGAAGUGGUGAGGGAAGUAAAUGGGUGAAGACUGAUUCUGAAUAUAUUGUGCUGGAGAUAUAAAUGUGUGUGUAUUUUUACAAGCUCUAUUAGUAGCUGUUCAGAUUGAAUGAAAAAGAGAGAGGGAUAUGUAUGUAUAUGAUGAUGGAGGCAAUGGAGUGGAGAUAAGAUUUUUUGAAAUGAAGAUUGUGUGUGAUGUGUAGAUGGUGCAUGGUAGAGAGGAGAAUGUUAAUAAUAAUGGAUGAAGUGAUUUUUUCAUGGUUGUGUCUGCAAAGGCAGAACAAGUCAUGUUGUGGAAAAUGAUAUGUAAGGCAAAGUUAGACAAAUUGUAUGGUGUGCACACUUCUCAUCCCUUUUUUUACUCCACUCUGUCACCUCCUUCCCUUCUUUUGUAACA